GGCUUGCUGGCAUAAUGACGCAUUGACUUGUACUGAGAGCCCAUCCUCGGUGUUGAAGAUGGCUCCCUUCCCGGACGAGGUGGACGUUUUCACCGGGCCGCACUGGCGGAUGAAGCAGCUGGUGGGCUUGUACUCAGAAAAGCUGUCCAAGACCAACUUCUCCAACAACAACGAUUUCCGCUCCUUCCUCAAGUCGCUGUUGGCCACCUUCAAGGAGUUCAAGAUGCACGAGCAGAUUGAGAAUGAGUGCAUCAUUGGCCUGCUGCAGCAACGCUGCUGCACCGUCAACAACGUGCACUCGGACAACAAGCUGUCGGAGAUGUUGCUCCUUUUCGAGAAGGGCCUGCACAACGUCAAGAGCGAAUACGAGCAGCUCAACUAUGCCCAGCAGCUGAAGGAGCGACUGGAAGCUUUCACUCAGGACUUCCUGCCGCACAUGAAGGAGGAAGAGGAGGUGUUUCAGCCUAUGCUCAUGCAGUACUUCACCUACGAGGAGCUGAAAGCCAUCAAGAAGCAAGUGAUGGCGCAGCACUGCAGCCAGCACCGCUCGCAGCGUGCAGCAGACCUGCUGAAGGGCUUCAGCCUGUGGAGCCAUGCCGAGGAGCUGCAGAAGGCCUUCAAAUACGCCGACCAUGAGAAGAGCGACUACGCGGAGGAGCGGGACAGGCCGUGUUCAGCCCACAUCUCCCAGCUCCCCGCUGAGGUUCUGCUGAGGAUCUUGCAGUGUUUGAGCCCAGCAGAUCUUUGCCGCUGCAGCCAAGUGUGCGUGUCCUGGUGGGAGCUGGCCAAGACCGGGUCCCUGUGGAGGCACCUGUACCCGGUCCGCUGGGCCAGAGGCCACUUCUACAGCGGCCCCCCCGGAGAUCUGGACCAGGAGCUGGAUGAUGGCUGGGUGAAGACUUGGGAGAAGGAGGUGCGGGCGUACUGGGACUGGGACGAGGACGCCGAUGUGGACGAGUCCGACGAGUCCCACCACGCCAACGACGACUUGGCCAUCGGCGCCGCCCGACGUGAGAAGAAACUCCUCAAUGGACUCAUCCGGAACCUUCUCCCGGCCGUGGGCCCCUCCGUCAAGUCUGUGGUCCUGGCGUACGGAUCCACGGUCUCCAGUAAAAUGGUCCGCCACAUCCUCAGCCUGUGUCCCAACGUCACGCACCUGGACCUCACACACACUCAUGUUACUGACUGCACCUUUCACAGCAGCUGGUCGCGGUUGGGGGCGUGUUCUUCCUUGGAGCAUCUGGACCUUUCAGGCUGCGACAAAAUCAGUGACGGAACCCUGAAGAUGCUCUCGCUGGGACUGGGCAACCGCUCAGACCGUCGUGGCACGGCGCCCCCUGUGGCACCCCCCGUGGCGCCGGUGGAGGACGUGACUGACGUCGGCGUGGAGUUCCACCUGUGCAGGCGCCGGGCCGUCAUCUUUAAGCCGGGAUGUGGCCGCUGGGGUUCGGGCGUCACCCCCACACAUGUGUGGGUCCUGGACCCCUCCAAGCCCGCUGACAUUGAGGACUCGGCGGAGUGGACCCGGCGAGUUCAGGAGGUGGAACACUCGCUAGAGACUCAGCUGGGGGCAAGCCUGUGCUGUUGUAGGAGGAGUAGGAGGCGGGGCCACAGGACAGGCCCUACCAACACCUCCUUUUGGCACCCGGCCGUGUCAGGGGACAACCUAUGUGGGCACUCCACCUGCUGCAGUGCAGACACGCCCCUCAGGACUAACAAUGGACUAACUGGACUUGAAAGUCCCUGGACUGGAGGCGGGACUACACAGUCGGGACGCACGCUCAGGUUUCUCAGCCUGUCAGGAUGCCACCAGGUCACAGACUUGGGACUCAGGGCGCUGGCUCAGCGAGGAGGACUUCCUGUCCUGGAGCACCUCAACUUGUCCGGCUGCCUGUUCAUCACGGAGGCGGGGCUGCACGAGCUGGUAAUGGCGUGCCCCACCCUCAACGACGAGCACUUCUACUACUGCGACAACAUCAACGGUCCUCACGCAGAUACGGCCAGUGGCUGCCAGAACCUGCAGUGUGGCUUCAGGGCUUGCUGUCGCUCUGGAGAGUGAUGUUGACGCCGACGACCCCGACCCCCCCACAUAGAUGCACUUUAUCCUGUUGGCUGUACUUGGUGUAACUUCCAUUCAUGUUUGUGAAAGUGUAAUGUGAAGGUUUUUUUGUGUUGUGGCAAAAUCUCCAGAGACGUUCACGUCUAGCAUUUAGUUUCUGUUAGUCUGCAUCAAGUUGGUUAGAGGAGGACGCUAGCUAACACCUCGUGCGCUUAGUGUUUUUCCCUAUGCACUCCAAAACCACAACACUCAUCAAUUGUUCUUUUUAAUGGCUGACAGUCAAAUGUGUCAGAGCGCCCACUUGGGUUUGUGUUGGGGAAAAAAAACACAACAAAUAAAAAGUACGUCACAGACACAAAGUUCCUUCUUGCUGAGUCAUGGCCGUACGAGCGAGGCCAAGUAGACCCAGACGGACAGAACGUUAUUGGGGUAAGGGUGCACAUACACGGCCAAGGCGAACUCCACGUUGGAUGAGUGGUUGGUGUGGACGCCUGUGCUGUGCACUGCCUCCACGAUGGGGCCCAUCUCUGAGAAAGGCAUAUGCAGUGGGAAUCCUGAAAUCUGGACAGACACAUGAGGCCGGUCAGGGAUUGUCUUGCCGAAGACACUUGUUACCGUGGUGACGGGCUUACCCUGUUGUCUCCCAACAGGCUGUGCAGCUCGUGGCGGUGCUCCUCGCCCACGUCACGCCCACCGCCCAGCUCCAGUUUGGGAAGGAACUGUUUGAGUGCGGUGGUACAGUAGCGGUUCCAACGGGUGGGCCGAUGGGGGCGCCACGCCAUGAUCUUGUCCCUUAGCGUCUUCUCAAUCCUGCGUGGAGACCAGAGGGGUGUUGACAAGAAUCUGUCUCAACUUGCGUGGUCAAGACCAAAGUCAUGCAAAGUAAUGAAACAUUAUAUUCAAAUUUUAAACACAAACAGUUCUUGCGUCAACAGAAUCUCAUGUCUAGGCGAAUAAAUGUUUAAUAUCAUUCUGUCUUCAAGCUAAAUUUAUAAUAACCAAAAGUCAGGUUAACUACUGGGUAUAUUUACAAAAAAGAAAAUGUAAACAAGGGCUGCACGGCGCGGGAGUGGUUAGCGCACAGACCUCACAGCUAGGAGACCAGGGUUCAAUUCCACUCUUGGCCAUCUCUGUGUGGAGUUUGCAACCCGUGCAUGCGUUUUUCUCC